AAGCUUCUCUGGAUCGCCACGCGAUAAAUCCAUUUGACGGGGGCUUCUUGUCAACGGCAAUGGACCUCAUGGAGAUUGACGUCUCCCCUACCUCCCGGCCGAGAGGAGCUGCGGCGCAGCCCCCCGGGGCAGCUUCCAAACACCUCUUCGGCCUUCCCUCCCGCGGCUUCUUCUCCUCCACAGUGCUUUCCUCCAACCCGGGGAAAAUGCGCGUGUAUGUGUGUGAGCGUGAGACGGCGCCACCAGAGGGUCAAGUGAUCGAGACAACCGACACAACAAACAUAUUGAUAAGAGCUCUCCAAAUCAAUAAUCUAAAGAAUGUAACUAUCAAAUCUUCAACAGAUGGCUGCACUAGUAAAAGAUCCUUUCGAACUUCAGAAGGGAGGGUCUCUCCAAAAAAGAUGAAGAAUACUUCCGUGUCUACUACUAGUCAUCAAGGGAGUUCAAGUACUGAAUUUUCUGAGAGAACUCUUCAGACGAUGACCGUAGAAAGAUUGCGUACACUUCUGAAAGACAGAGGGUUCUCACCCAAAGGGAGAAAGGACGAGUUGAUUGCACGGCUGAAAGGUUCCGACGAACCAUAGUGGAGGCUGUGAACAAAUUACUAAAAUAGUUUAGGUAAUUGUGGAUUCAGCUCUGUAAUCGGUAAAUUGUAGUAAUAUUAGUGUGAAUAGUCGCAAUCCGUCAGGAUACUUGGUGUGGAAAUAGAUGUAUUUUCUUGCAACUCUAGUGAACUAAUGUGUUUUGGCAAUCUA